GCAAUGCAGGUAAAUGUGUAGACAUUGAUGAAUGCAAAAAAACCCAUGCGAGUUUAAAUGUGUCAACACUGUUGGCAGCUUUGCUUGUGAGUGUGAUAAAAGCAAAGGGUAUGCUCUUGGAGAAGACAAAAAGUCAUGCAUCCGUCAAAAAGGAAUCCGAAUAGGGUCUGGUAGUACAAGAAUGCCUUUUGCUGACAUCACCAGUAUAGCGAAUGACAUGGCUUCAAAUGCUGAUGAAAAACACCUCACUGAGUCUUCUACUCGCUUAUCUUCCACACAUCAGCCUUUGAAUGAAAGGAACCCAGCUCCAACUUCAGCUUCAGGUGUCACAUCUCCGGUUCACGAUGAAGACUUUAAAAGCAAGGAAACCCAGUCGAAUGUGUUCAUUCCCGUUGUGGUUGGAAUUGUGGUUUUGGUUCUGUUGAUUGUAAUUGUGAUUGGUGUGUUUAAGUGCUGCUUCAGAAAAAGCUCUAAGACAUUGAAGUCCAGGAAAAGAGAACCAUCAAAUGGUUCAAUGGAUCUAUCAGCUAAAAACACUGACUCAGCACAGCAUGUGAAUGAAAAUUCUAUUGAAAAUGAGAACAAUUACGUUGCCAGUUGAGAAGUUGAGUGUACUUAAGUCUAAUGAUAACAACUGCAAGUUUUUUUUUUGUAUUAGAAAAUUCAUGUGUAUUUUCUUUUUAAGUUUUAGUUUUCUUUCAGGAGAUGUGUAUACAAAUGGCAAUGUAUUAUAUUGCAAAAAACAUCUGUUUGUAUGCCCUGUUUGAAGAUUUAUGAUAAAGAGUAAUUUGUUGUAUAUGUUUUUUGAUCUCAAUACA